AUGGUCUUUUCGACCACCAACCUCUUCAAAGGCAUUCCUUGCCCUGAAGGCGAACGCUGUAAAUUAACCAACUGCAUCUUUGCCCACAAUCUCCGGCCCAAGGCUUCGGCAGAGUUAACCAGGACAACCAGCGAAGCGACUCAGCAGCAGUAUGAAUUAGAGGCACCCGCUGACCCAGCACCGAAACGGAGGCGCCUGACUUACGAAAAGCCGGAAGAUAAGCCACCAAGCCAAGCAGACCUGAUCAGGACUCAGCUUCUCCAGGAGCGUAAGGCACUCAACGGCUCAGACACGACAUUCACGAACGUGAAGCCUGUGACACCAACUAGCCUAAAAAGAUCGGUGUCGCCACCCGCCAAAGCAAGCUCCAAGGCGACUUCACCCGUGGCAAAUGCGACAAACAUCUCUAGUGACAAACCGAAGACGACACAUGGUUAUGUUCGCGAGGAGAAAGUCGCACUCAACCCUCGUCUUAUACCUAACGAUCCCGCUGGACAUGCGAAACGGAUGUUGUAUUUAAAACAUCUCCAUGGCGAGAUGGUACGCUUGAAUGAAGAACUGCGGGAUCGAAAGCAAGUUCAAUACAAGAACGGGCUCAUGUUGUCUGAGACGGAGCUUAUCCGUCUUGCCCUAGACGAAGAGGAGAAGCUGGCGAGGGAGCAAGGUAACGUUUACGCCAACGUAAUCAAGCUGCGUAUUGGAGCAUACAAGAAGAUGAGGGUCGAUGCGUGGAUCAUGCAUGUCAUGAGCACGUCGCUCUUCAAGCAGAAGCAGCAAACCCUUGCCAAGCCGAAAGUGGGCUUGGAUGCGCCCAUUGUAAUCGAGACUGGUCUUACUCCAGAUGAGGAAGCAUCCAUCCUUCCACAAUUAACCAUCAAGAAUCAGAAAGCAUUGGACAAAUUCGGUUACAUACCUACUCCGCCAACCUCAGAUCAAGCAGCCGAAGCAGCGGCGGCAGUCGAAGCUAGCAAAAACUACGAGGAAUGCGAUCGCUGCAUGGCUCGCUUCCAAGUAUUCCCUCAGCGCAACGAAGAAGGUCUACUAACAUCUAAUGGCAAAUGUCGACAUCAUCCGAUGCGGAAGGUCUAUCCGCAGAGGUCGAAGGCCGACACUGGACCGAAAGAGGCCUUCUAUCCGUGUUGUAACGAACCGGUCGGGAGGGCAGGAUGUACGGUGGAGGAGCACCAUGUAUUCAAAGCUAGCAGUCCGGCGCGGCUCGCGGCUGUCAUGCCCUUCAUCUUCACGCCGGAGAAUGAGAGCCCGGCGAAAGACGCACACGGAAACGUAGCGAAAGCGGUAGCGUUGGACUGCGAAAUGGGUUACACGACGCUAGGUUUCGAGCUCAUCCGCUUGACGGCGGUCUCUUUCCCGGAAGGCGAAAAGUUGAUCGACGUGCUGGUGCGGCCGCUGGGCAUCGUGCUGGACCUCAACUCUCGUUUCAGUGGCGUCUCACUGGAGAGCAUGGCCAAUGCCGUACCGUAUACUCACCAUCACGAUGCCAUACCGGCACCACAGCUCAAGAACACGCUCGACGACUCGCCUCCACCACCGGCGCUACCAAUCGUCAACAGCCCUUCCGCAGCACGGGACUUAUUGUGCUCCUUCAUCACGCCCACCACUCCCCUCAUCGGUCACGCGAUCGACAACGACCUCAACGUCGUCCGCCUCUGCCACCCAACCAUCAUCGACACCAUCAUGCUGUACCCGCACCCGCGCGGCCUGCCCAUGCGCUACGCGUUGAGGAUGCUGAGCAGCAAAUACCUCAACCGCGGUAUCCAGCUGGGUGGCGACAAGGGACACGACUCGCUGGAGGAUGCGCGCGCGACAGGGGAUUUGGUGAGGGUGAAGGUGGGCGAGAAGUGGAAGAUGUUGAAGAUGGCGGGGUGGAAGUUUGUAGAGGGGGAGCUUGUGCCGCCGUUG